UGCAUUGGGUGCUGUCAAACAACAUGAAUAAUAAAUGAGAAUUUUGCGUACCCUCUUCGUUUGCUUGGUUCUCGCAAUAGACGUCGAAUGAUACAUAUAUUUAUUCGCUUCGGUCGAGUGUUUGUGCGUGUCUGUGUGCACAAUUUUUUUUUCUUCUUCUUCUUUCAUGGUGUUGAUAGUUAUUAAUGAACAAGCGUUUGUCGUAAACAAAAUUGUGAAUUUGGUAUUGCGAUUGUUUACAAAUCGCGAUGUGAAAACAAAAUAGUCAAAAUAGUAUGGAUGGAAAAUAGGCAAAAAAGAAGACGGCAUUAUUGUAAGCAAGUGAAUAAUCCGAAAGUUGAAAGCAAGCAAAAAAAGAAGCAAAGUGAAGUGUCGAAUUGCUAAAAAUAAAAUCAAAGUUUUAAAGAAUAUCAAGUGCACUAGUAUCGCCCAAUCCGCCAAUCGGCUAUGCGUGUGCACUAGAUUGUUCAACAAAAGAGUCGAACAAAGCGGAGUAGUGAACCAACCGAAGAGGAAAAAAGACCCAGCCAAAGAGAAAGAAUGAAUAUGUGCAAGAUGUCAGCCAAGUGGUACAAUUGCAACUCAAAUGUUAUUAAGUGUAAAUUCGAGUGGGUGUUGGAUUUGUAAUAAUCAGCACACAAGAAGAAAUCGUAAAAUAACAACGAAUGAAAAAAAAGGUGAAUGGAGAUAGAGAGGCAAGGAAAAAAUGAUUUACGUAUUUUUAUUGAUUAUUUUCGCUUGGUUUCGAUAGAGCGAGAGUGUGUAUCGAGUGAGCGUAAUUGGUGUGUUGUGUGUGUACAUUUUAUCCGUCUCGCCGUCAGCCCAUUCUCUGCGUGUUGUGUUCGGUGAAUGAAUGUCGUAAAUAUUGUAGGAAAGAAAACAUAUCCGUGUCUGUUAGACGUACAGCAAACACUGUUCCGCAUUAGUAGUUGCUUCAUAAUAUUGAACCACGGGAAUAACGAACGAAAAUAAAAACUGUGACUUUCUGGCAAUUUUUCGCCAUUUUAAACGCAUCAAACUACAUUCGUUUACUGUUCAAAUCGAAAUUAAUGUGAAAAAUUUUCUAUUUUGUGUGGUUCAUUUCCAAUAUUGCAGAUUCUUUCGUCUAUGGAGAACACGAUAUUUAGAGCACGAGCUUAAAAUAGUCAUAGCUGCAUCAAUUAUUCAAUCGAGCGAAUCAUGUCGACACAAACUCCAGAAAAGUCGGCCGUGCUAACAGCAACUGCACCAGCACCGCCACAAAAAGACAUCGGUGCCGAUGUCAUCGAGAACAAUAUCGAGAGCAUUGAGCACAUGAAAACGGAAAUGGAAAAACUAAAAAUAGACGAGCAACAGACGCAGCUUAUCGACUUAUCGGUUAACAACCAGAAAACCAAUGCUGAUAACCAUAAUAAUCUUAACACAAAACUAGAUACAACCAAGGAAAUGAUUUACGCAACACCGUUACGAAAACUUGAUCGACCCAAAGUAAAGGCAAGCACAAAUCAUGAUCCAAAACCAAAUAAUCGUGAUGAAAUGACGAAUGGUACCACGACCACAGCCGUCAACACCACCGAAGAUAGGCAUAUUUUGAAUUUUCUCAAAGACACCAGUAAAUUACAAAAGAAAUUACAGCGUUCGGGAUGCGGUAGCGGAAAUAAUAGCUCGGGUGAUAGUGAUUAUGGAAAAGAGAACUUUUCAUCGCUCGCCCAAGAGCAACAUUUUGUGAAUUUGGUGCAACAAAAUGUGAUUGGUUACAGUGAAAAUGCAACGCAUGAGACUGACUCAACGAAUAAUGACGAUGAAACCGCACCCAAGGGAGAUGCACCGUUCAGCGUUGAUGGUGUGCCCGAUUUAGUACCAGUGAACGGUACCAGUGAAUAUUUACCAAAGAUUUCCGAAGUGUUUAUCAAACGUGAAUGGAUCAUUAAACUAAUCGCAUUGAGUUUGGAGCAAAGACUGUCAAAACAAACAAAACUCACGUCCAUGGCAUUAGGCGACGAAGCGGUGGGUGAAUCGCGUAAAAAAUCCACAUCGUCACGAAUGCAGCAAAAAGCAACCACACAGCAAACCGGUGUAUUUAUACUGGGUUCGAAUGGUUCAGGGAAAACGUCGAUUUGUAAGCGAAUUGUCAAUGGUACCACAGGCACACAAGGCAUGCUUAAUCGCAAAUUGUUGUGCUGCUACUUUAUAAAUGCACAAAACUCCGAGUGUCACUCGAUGAGCACAUUUAUUCGUUGCAUCGUAAUGCAGAUCUUAUCGCAUUCGACACUUUUAUCCCACAAAGAUGACGGCGACAGUGCGAAUCAGUCAAAAAACAGCGACGAUAUUUCAUCGGAGACAAGUACGACCGCAUUCGAUACCACAUUAAUGGAUACAACGUCAUUGGUGCAACCGAAUGAAGAGGCAAAAAAUACAUCGACAUCGUCACAAGCAAACACCAAUGAACACAUCGAAAACAGUGAAGAAAAAUCAGCAAAAACACAAAUGCUUCGCCAAAAUUCCGAAGCCAAUAAAAGUGGCGCGAAGAGCAGUAACCGUGAUUCUACCUACGACACGUAUCCACCGUCACAAAAAACGAAUGACCCAAAAGCAAGCGAACAAAAUCCGUGUUAUACACCAACCAAAUCCAAAACCAGUCGCGGUUCAUCGAAAAUUCCAGUGAAAAUUGGUAACAAAUCUGGUUCACCCUCAAUAUCAAAUACAAAAGAAACACCAAACACAUCGCCGGCCAAAAAAUCGACCGAAAACAAAUUAAUUAUUCAAACGAGUGAAAAGAAUGAACCGAACAAAGAGCCAGACAUUGAGAUCGAGUAUGAAAAUGUUGAGAUUCGUAAAAAGAGCGAUGAACCAAAGACCGAUGAGAAAUCGGAGGAAAGAAAAGUGGAUAAGGAAAUUGAAAAUGACCAUCCACAACCACCACCAAAAACCAAAUCAUGCCUUCAAACGAUUGCCGAUGAAUAUUUUGCGAUUUUAACGCAAAACCCGGAAAUUAUGGACAGUUUGAAUGCGGAUAAUAUCGAAAAGAAUCCGGACGAAUGUUUUAAAAAGGCCAUUUUAUAUCCAUUUUUGGAGUUGCAACCACCAAAGUCAGCACUGCUAUUCCUAGUCGACUCAAUCGAUGAGCAUUAUUUGAACGAAGAGGAAAAUGUGAUGUCGACGCUAAAAGGCAGUACGUUGAACCGUAGCCGGACAAUAGUCGAACUACUUGCGAAUAAUUUCCAUUUGAUGCCGAAAUGGUUGUUCCUUGUGUGCACGGCAAAGCGGCAAAAUAAACACAUUGUCAAGAGAUUCAACGGGUUCAAAAAGAUUGCGCUGGAUGAUUUGCGAAAAAGUCAUGUCGUUAAGGAUGUGCAAGAAUAUAUCAUUGCACGUUUGAAUGCCGAUUUCAAGGGUCAAAUCCAAUUCUCGGCCGACAUAAUUGAUUGCCUCAAUCAAUUGUACAUAAAAUCCAACGGUUCGAUAUUGUACUUGGAGAAAGUAUUAAGUGGCAUUCGAGAGAAUGUGUUUUCAUUCCGGGAAAUCAAGUUGAUUCCAUGCACAUUGAACGGUUUGUAUCUGUACAUUUGCCAGAAAUCGUUCAAUAAAAAGCAAUACACUAAAAUUCGUCCCAUACUAAAUAUAUUGCUGGCAUGCAGUGAUUUUGUUGAGUUGACAUUUGUGUUGAAUUGCCUGCGUACGCAUAAUUAUACGAUCGAUGAACCGGAAUUUGAUAAACGUAUCGAUGCCAUGAAAUAUGUGCUGACAUUCAAUGACGAUAGAACCAAAGUGAAAAUCUUCCAUAAUUCGUUUAGCGAUUGGUUGAGCGACGUCAAAUUUUCAACGAAAAAAUUCUUGUGCAGUGUUACCGAAGGUCAUGCAAUGAUUUCAAUGUACUAUACACUGGUCAGUGAUACACUGUGUCCGAAUCAAGUGCUUCGUUAUUUUGGUCAUUUGAUCAAAUGUGAUGAGUAUGCGAAAGGGAAAAAUAUUAACUUGGAUCUCAUUCUAAUUUUACUGGAAUCGAAAGCAAAUCUGGUCGAUUGUUUCUAUAUAAAUGCAUUGAACUGUUGCGCUGCUUGUGAACUAGACUACAAACAAACGUAUUGCAUGAUACCACGAAUGCGAACAACCAUCGAACGUUUUUUGAAUAAAGCCCUAUGCGAUGAUGUUCUUGAUUUCAUUGGUGAUUUCUUUAAACCAAGUUUACCAACGAAUACGAAAAUUUUGAAGCUACUCAUUGAGACGGGUAUUAAUAAUGCGGAUUGUCAAUUUUCCUAUGAUUCAUUGAUUACAUCACCGGUGACGGAAGAUAAUAACGAUGAAUUGGCAAAGCUGUUGAUUAACAGUGAGAAAUCGUGUCAACGCAACAACAACAACAACAAAGAUACGGCUGAUGUUGAUGUAAAUGAAUACCAAGAAAUUGUGUCACCACCUAUGUCACCUACAAAUCACAAACACAAUCGCGGUGACAACGAUGAAUGUUCCAAUGAUUUGGCACACCAACAUCAAUUGCUGUCGUGCGGUAAAGCUUUAAUUCAUUUGCUUGCGAACGAAGGAAAUGUCGCAAUGCUGAAACGAGCGCUAAAUGCUUGCAAAAAAGACGGCAACGGUUUGGCCACCAUCGAUUUGGAAGUGGAAGAUGAGUGCGGACAAACGGCUUUGAAUAUUGCAGCGCGCAAUGGUCACUUUGAAAUUGUCGAACUACUUUUGAGUCUACGAUAUGUUUGCACCUCAACGCAUCAAAUCAAGCACGUGAGUGUUAAUCAUGCUGAUCGGGAUGGUUGGACACCACUUCGCUCUGCAUCGUGGGGCGGUCACACGGAUAUAGUUAAACUCCUCAUCAAACAUCCCGAAAUUCAAAUCGAUCUGUCCGACAAAGAGCAACGAACCGCUUUACGUGCUGCUUCUUGGAGUGGACACGAAGACAUUUUGAAGGCAUUAAUCAACGCUGGCGCUGAUGUAAAUUCGGUCGAUCGACAAGGACGAACGUCUUUGAUAGCUGCUUCCUACAUGGGCCAUUAUGAAAUCGUAGAAAUUCUCCUGGAAAACGGUGCCGAUGUCAAUCAUUUGGAUAUAGAUGGUCGAAGUGCUUUGUGUGUAGCUGCAUUAUGCGGUAGUUCUGGUUACAGUCGUGUUAUUUCGAUUUUAUUGGAGUAUCACGCAAAUGCUGAUCAACAGGACAACGAUGGAAUGUCAAGUUUGCUAGUCAGUGCAUUCGAAGGUAAUGCCGAAGUGUGCGAAUUGCUGUUGGAAAAUGGAGCGGAUCCAGAUUUAUCAGAUAACAUGGGUCGUACACCACUCUGGGCGGCAUGUACAAAAGGCCAUGCGAACAUUGUGAAAUUGCUUCUAUUCUGGGGCUGCAGCAUCGAUUGCAUGGAUCAAGAAGGACGAACUGUACUCAGCAUUGCUGCAGCUCAAGGCAAUCCAGAGAGUGUUCGACAAUUGCUUGACCGUGGUUUAGAUGAGACUCACCGCGAUAAUGCCGGGUGGACAGCGUUGCACUAUGGCGCUUUCGAAGGCUAUGAAGAUGUUUGUCUGCAGUUAAUCGAAGCCGGUGCAAAAAUCUACGAAUGCGAUAACGAAGGAAAAAAUGCUCUGCACAUUGCUGCCCAAGAAGGACGAACGAAUGUCAUCGAAGCAUUGGUCACGGCAACAAAUGUGUGUAUCGACCAAAAGGCACAUGACGGGAAAACCGCUUUUCGAUUAGCAUGUUGUGAAGGUAAUAUUGAGUGUAUUGAUGCGCUGAUUAAGUACGGCUGCGAUGUAAACCUACGUGAUGCCGAUGGAAGACCCACGCUUUAUAUUUUGGCACUUGAGAAUAACGUUGGCGUUGCGAAAUACUUGCUGGAACAUUCGAAUAUCAAUAUCAAUUUGCCUGAUAAUGAAGGACGUACUCCGUUGCACGUCGCCGCUUGGCAGGGUCAUCUUGAAAUGGUUGAGCUGUUGGUUGCUCAAGGAUGCGCCGACGUGAAUGCGAUGGAUCUCGAUUUCCGAACACCUCUACAUUCGUGCGCUUGGCAGGGUAAUGACCGUGUCAUGGAGAUGCUUUUAUUUUAUGGUGCUUCUUGUGAUCAUGCAUGUAAACAAGGAGCCACUGCCCUCGGCAUCUCCGCCCAAGAAGGACACGAAAAAUGCGUCUCGAUUUUACUGCAGUACGGUGCUAAUCCAAACAAAUCAGAUUUAUGUGGACGAACACCAAUUAAACUGGCAUUGAAAUCGAAUAACUAUAGCAUUUUGAAGCUAUUGGAAAACGCAUUGAAAAAUGAAGGGUUGAAACAGCAAAAACAACGAAAUGCAGCACAUAAAAUCCUUCAGUCGCCACCAGAGAAGAAAGCACCAAAUGGUACGGUUUUCUAUGAGAACACCAUGCGAUCAGAUGCGUCAUCGAAUAAUGCCAAAUUCAAUCGGAAAAGCGUAAUUUCUAGUCAUUCAACCGGAAGCAGUAAUAAUGAGACAACGGGUGCUUCAUCUUCAACAAAUAAAAACUAUCAAGCAUCGCAGUCUUCUUCGAAACCAGCCCAACAACAACAAUUACCUGGCAAUUAUCGCUCAUCGAUGAGCAGCCAUUCGGAUAUUUUUAUGAAAGCCGAUGAACAGAAAAUCAAUUUUGAUCUGUCUGAUAUGGGCUGUAUGUCACCGCUCUAUGCAACACCGCCAAUAUCUCCGAGCAGCGAUAAUGGGCCGAAUUUCGAAGAUCAAUUCGAAACGCCGACUGCAAUAUUCGCCGCACACAACGCAGAAAAUAAUGAUCAUUUUGCUCGUGACACACACAUGCGAAUCAUCUUGGGCAAUAACAAAGAAGCUAGUCAACCGUCAAAGAAAUCAUUGAAGCGAAGUGGUAUCACAACCAAUCCAGCCGUUCGUUUGUUACGUAACCGAUUCGAUUCAGCAGCACAGCUUAUUCGACGCACCAACAACAUGUUAUCAUCGUCAUCAUCAAAUAAUGAGGGGUCUUCAAGUAUUGGCGUGAAAUCAGGAACAUUUCAAUGGCGCAAAGAAAGUCAAAUGUAGACACAUAUAUAUUUUUUUCUUCUUCAGAGAUUGUUGAUUACAUAGAAUUUCCGGUUUGUCAAAAGAGUGAUUUUUUUAGCGCAUACAUAAGUUUAUAUACUCAAGCAUGGAGUUUGUCUUCAGUCUCAACGUUUUCGUUCCUGCAUUAUUAUUAUUUUAACUACUUUUUAGUUCAGUGUGAUUUUCGUUUUGAUCGAACUGCGUUUUUUUUCUUCUCUCGAACAAUGAGUAUUAUUAUUAUUUUGGGAACAAUUGAUUUACGAAUAUAACUUCUAAUCUUGUAGACAUGAUAUAUAUAAAAAAAAUAAUCACUUAGUUUUCCUAGCAUUUUUUUGUGUGUUGUGACUGCAUCUAUAUGUAUAUUGUAUACACCACAGUUUAUAUAAUAUACAAACACACACAAAACAAGCAAUUAUUGUAGAAUUAACCCUAGAGCCGAACAAAUAAACGAUAUUUAAAUUAUUUCUACACCUAAA